UACUCCGACAGGGAGAACCGAGCAAACACCAUAUCUAUGGCUAGUCCUUCGCUUCUCCAGUCCUCAACGUCGUCGUUUCUGGGCCAAUUCCGAGUGUUUCCGGCUCCGCUGUCCUCCGGACUUCUCUACAGAAAUGGGAAUGGAGGGGCUGUGGCGCCGGUGAAGGCCACAGCGGGGGGGUCCGGGGUUGUAUUGGUGGAGAAGUCUGAGGCAGAGAAGCCCCGCCGGCUCAAAAUAACAUACAAUGAGAAAAUCGUGCCCUUGCUUAUGGAAGAAUUCAACUACACCAAUAUACACGAGGUCCCUAAAAUUGAGAAGGUCGUGGUUAAUUGCGGAAUAGGAGAUGCCGCGCAGAAUGCGAAGGGUUUGGAGGCAGCAAUCAAUGAUCUAGCGCUCAUCACAGGGCAGAGGCCUGUCAAGACACGAGCAAGGGUCUCACUUGCCACCUUCAAGAUCAGGGAAGGUCAACCCCUUGGGAUUGCUGUGACACUCAGAGGAAAAUUGAUGUACUCAUUCCUGGACCGACUUGUCAACUUGGGGCUUCCCAGGACAAGGGAUUUCCAGGGUGUUAACCCCAACAGUUUUGAUGGACACGGGAAUUUCAGUAUUGGCGUCAAGGACCAGAGUGUGUUCCCAGAAAUCAGGUCCGAUAUUGUCGGUACGCCCAGAGGAAUGGACGUAUGUAUAACAACAACGGCGAAAACUGAUCAAGAGGCAAGCAGAUUGCUGGCUCUCAUGGGCAUGCCAUUCAGAGAGGGAGGUGGUCCUGUUACAACAAUUCGCAAAAAGAAGCUCAAGUCUCACCAUUUUGACUCAAAAUCAAAGGGAAGAGGAAGGAGGUGAAGUUUUGUAAAUGAGAUUGUAGCAAAUCGCCGUAUCCUUAUUUUGUAGC